AUGCAGUCCGCCCUCACGAGGUCGGCAUUCGUCGCGUCCCCGCGCGAGCUCGACGCGAAGCUCGAACUCCUCCAGCAGCUCGGCUACGGCGACGAUGACGCGCACUUUUCGGACAGCUACCCCGCCUACGACACCGCACGCUGGGUCGACUCGGGGUACGGUUGGCCAGACGAGAAGGCGACCGACUCCCUCGCUUCCAUCCCGGACCUCUUCGAUGUCGAGGAGGACGAGGAAGCGUGUGCCGCGCACUUGUACGACCCGUCGCUCUUCUCAACUCGCCAGUCGACGCCCUCGACGCCUCGAUCGCGUACGCAGAGUCUACUGCCCUCGCCAAGAAUGGAGACGGACAAGCCACUGCCCACUCUGCCGCGCAGUCUGCGCUCGCGGCCCAGUCUGCCGAUAGUCCCGCCCCCCUCUCCCGCCGCCCGCUCAAUACGGACAUCGGUCUCGAGCCCGCCCAUGGCUCUCCGCGCCGCCGCCAGCGGUCGAUCUUCCCCACCCAUGCCACCAUCCCCCGUCUAUUCAAGCCCGAAGCCGCGCACUUCCCGCCUCUCGCUCACCGGAAGCCCCCCCGCCUCGCGCUCAACCAACACCCGGCACGCGACUUACCCUUCUAUCUCAUCCACCCUUUCCCUCCUUGAAGAGCGCGAAAGCGAAGCCGAGAAGAGGACCGCCGUCUACCUCACCGACCCCGUGCAGGACAUCCCCGUUCCAAAGCCCACCGGCCGCCUCCGGAGCAGUAGCGCGACUGCGGGCUGUCCCGACUCUCGCCCGAUGUGCUCCAGUCCGACGCGCAAGGACCGACCCAGCCUUCCUUCGCUCUCGACAUCGGCGUCAUCGCCACAGCUUCGCCACCUGGCCGAGCUUGCGUCCAUGCCUUCUCCCUCGUUCUCCGUCGCGGCCAUGCUGCUUCCUUCGCCUAUGUGCGCAGCGACAGCGGUCGAACUCGGGCAGUCCCCGCCUAUCGCGCCACAGAACAGCGCCGCGGAAGGUGAAUCUGAGCCGGCGUCUCGCUGGUCUAUUGAUUCCGUUGCCUCCCACCCCCGCAUCACUCAGGUGUCCCUUGAUGAUGCGUCAUCAUUUCCGGCUAGCAAGGCCAAGAAGCGAGACCGUUUCUUGAGCUUAAUAGCCGGUCGCUCCCGCACGACCUCGAUCUCCAAACCGCUCCCCCCUCCAAACACUCCCCGCGGCUCCUCCGACGUCCUCGACAUCCGCCGAGUCGACUCCCACGACGGCUCUUCAUCCACCAGCUCACGACCUUCCUUCACGAUGCCUACCAAGAUUUCCAUAACGCCGUCGUUGGUGUCCUCCGACUCUUCCACCGGGUCCACCGUCUCGAUGCUGUCCACCCCCGUCGAUCGGCUUGCAGACUCCUUCGACCCCUUCGCGGUCACUUCCCCGUCGUGCGUUCCUGAGGACCUCUCCGUCGACGUCCCCCCUUCUCCUCCCCGAACUCGCGCCGCGCCCCCACCGCUCCCCGCGCUUCAUGAACCUCUCCACCUGGACAUCCCCGAGCGACCAAUGUCGCCCGGCUCUCCCCCUCGCCCCACGCUCCCUCUCCCCUCGCCAAGUACACCGUCGCCCUCCUUCCUCGUCCCUGCGCCUCGCCCGCAAUCUUUCUUCGCGUCACUCACCGGUCGUCAACGUCGGCGCAAGAAGAAGCUUGUCAUCAGCGGGACGCCGCUCGACAUGCACUCGUCGCGCUCGGUGUCAUCCAUGUCAGCAUCACUAUCGGACGACCGGCACUUGCAGGCCGAGCAGCGGAGACGGGUCCACAACCUUUGGGCCGUGCGGAAAAUCGAGACGAAGGACGACGGGAGCCUACACGUGUAUUGGAAGGACUGGGAGACGGCAGACAUGGUUUGCCGUGUCCAGGCGCAAGUCGUCAUCAAGGACGUCGGCCGCGUCAACCUCGCUUGGUAUUACAUCUCAUAA